GAACGCUCUCACAUUUCUUGCACCUCAGCGCGCAGCGUGGAGAAAACUAUAAGAAGCACGUUGUGAAUUGGGAGAGAUAUCAUUCCCUCUUGAGCAACGCAAGUGGCAACAACGAAGAAGAACGCUUAGACACGGUAUCACUUUGAACGUAGACGAGCUAAAAAUAAAUUUCUGACUCCCGUCAAAGUUCAAAGUUAAAUUGAACACAAGCAGCAGCAAUUCAAUACUCCACAAUACAUUUCAAACGAAGCAAUCAACCACAUUCAACCACAAUCGAAAUGUCUGCCGCCUACGCCACCAAUAUGUCUUCAGCGCAAUAUGAUUGUAACAACAACAAUAGCUGCAACAGCAAGAAGCAUAACAACAGUUACUAUGCAGCCACCGGCACCAAUGAAUCGCUGUUACUACAACACAGCAACAUCAAGGCCCAACAACCCAACCCACUGCACCAACACUGGACCGACGUACAGCAGAAAUCGAAGGUAUCACCCUCACGUCGCCUCAAGAACUUGCUGAAACCACUACUCGGCCGUGUCUUCAAGUCACGCACGAAACGUCAGCAAAAUCGCAACUCCUACAUAGCCGCCUCGCCGAAUGGCGAACGCGAUGCUGAUUUCGAAUGGCUCGCUAAUGAAAUGGAUAAUCGUGCCAAUGAAGAUCUUGAACAGAAGCUGGUCGAGGAGAUGCACAUGUGUGAGGAUGGCGCAGCGAUUGUCGUUUACAAUGAGGAUGGCACGCAUCGUCUGCAAACGAUUGAGAAGGAUGAACUCUAUGUGCCGGUGCAUUUUGCGCGCACCAAUGCCGGCACCUUCUUCUGGACCUCACUGCAACGUGAGACUAUGGAGCCGUAUAAGAUACAAUGGAACUUUAUGGAUCGUUGGGCGCAAGCCUAGAGGCAGCGGAAGCAGCAUUAAACGAAGGGGACUAAUGUGAGCUGUAGCACUGAAAUUGUAGGGAAACAAAAAAAAGUGUUUGUAUUCUGCACAUUAAAGGGAUUUUCAACGACUGGCAGGCGUGCGCACGUAUCAGCAAGCAAGGUUUGGUCACUACGACCUUGUGACAUCUGUGCCUCGUGGCUGUUGGUUGUGCAAAUUGACUUAGAAGUUCAAUAUUCCGUUUUGUAGUUUAUAUGUGGUGGCUUGUGGCCAUCAGUAGGCAGAGAAACAUUGUCAAAAAGGCUGUAAAGUGCUUUGGUUGAAUAUUACUAUUUUUCAAAAAUGAAAAAUAUGUUAACUAUUUCUCAAUAGCACUUAUUUUCGUAGGGAAAAUAAUUAAUAACACAAUUUUGUAAUUUUUUUAUAAUUAAAAAAUAUAUUAAAAAGUUGUGUG